UUUAUUUUAGUUUUUAAGUUUAAUGAUGUCCCAUGAUGCAGUAUAAUAAUAAUUUUUUACGAAGGUAUUUUGUUCUGAAAUGUGAGAUAAAAAAACGGAACUAUUUGCUUAGAAACACUUAAGUGAUUUAAAUGUAACAAAUAUGUGUUUAGUAUAUUUGAAGAAGGGCGUGGAAUGCCACUUGACUAUACACUUGAGGCAUGUUUUCCUGUAAAGCACAGCUGGAACAGAGUCUCGACGUGAAGUGAGCCAGCCGGGGGCAGGAUGUACCCGCAGUGCCCGCUGCCGCGCCACGUCACUGCGCUGUACGUGGUGUCUGUGGUGAGCUGCGUGGCCUUGUUCAGUCGCCACUCGGCGCUGGUGGGGGCGGAGGUGCUGGUCUUCCGCAAGGACUACUACCACGAGGCGGAGAUGCAGUUUCCCGACCUGCCCGCCCGCUUCGGGGACUCCCUGCCGGAGGAAGGCUUGAAGGGGUUGGUGAAGGAGGUUCACCCCUUAAAUGGAUGCAGCAAUAUGACCCCAGCUCCACUCGCGACAUCCAACAGUGCGUGGAUCGCCUUAAUUAGACGAUAUGGCUGUUCUUUUGAGCAGAAGGUGCGGAAUGCACAGUUCGCCAACUACAGUGCUGCCAUAGUUUACAACAUCAACUCCAGUGAUCUAGAGCAAAUGUCUGCAAAGAAUCCAGAAGGUAUCUAUAUCCCAUCAGUGUUUGUGAAUGAUGAAGCUGGGUUUGUCAUCACUGAGAGAUACUUAUGGAAUCAUGGUUACUAUGUUAUCAUAAACGAUGAUUUACCAUUCAACAUAAACACCCACCUUCUUCUGCCAUUCGCUAUAGUGGUGGGACUCUGUUUCCUGAUUAUGGUUAUCUUUAUGGUUGUAAAAUUCAUCAAAGAUCGUCGUCGCCAGCAACGGCAUAGAUUACCAUCGUCAUCUCUCAAGAAAAUACCUACAUCAAAAUUCAGCAAAAGCGAUCCAUACGAAACGUGUGCAAUCUGUCUCGAAGAUUACCAAGAAGGCGAAAAGCUACGUAUAUUGCCUUGUUCGCAUGCCUACCACUGCAAGUGCAUUGACCCCUGGUUGACGAAGAAUCGGCGAGUCUGCCCCGUGUGCAAGCGGAGAGUGUUUGCUCAUGAUGAGCAUGUUUCGGACACAGAUAGCGACUCCGAGGCGGACGACACGACUCCUCUGGUUCGUUCGGAAAGCGGGGGCACCCAGGGAGGAACAUUCCAGCCCCAGAGGGAGAAUCCCUUCACUCGAGCCAGCAAUGAACAAGCAGCACAGUCUGUGUCCUCUGUGUCUUCGAGCGAGAGUGAACACAUCCCGUCCACAACAGCUGCUCCCAGCUUGUCUGUCCAAGAGAGACUCCUCCAGAGUCUGUGGGCCUCUUUAUACUCCUCAUCAUCCUCGUCUUCGUCCUCUACAUGUGACUCUCACUACGAGACACCUGCAGGCACACACCAAGAGACGUUUGGUGCGGAAGAUGAGGCGGUGAGAGUGGGCGUCGCUCCAAGUGAACAUUCCAUCAACUCUUCGAGCUCCCACAUCGCGCUGAUGGGCAGCCAGGAGGAGGCAGGCUCAUCUGCGGCUCCCGAGGAUCGUGCUCUGGACCUGGUUGUGUGAGCCAUCUGCCCCUGCUGCUUGCCGGGCAGUUAUGAUUACCGUCUUGUCUUGUUAACACUUGUGAAUAGUUAUGAGUUUUAUCUUUCAUGAUUGAUUAUAAAUUUACCAUAUAGAUUCAUUUUAAUCAUGCAAAUAACUUUUAGGUGAAAGAAAUUGCAUUUGCUUGUUUUGGAAUCAACCACAUUGUACAUAUGUUUUUUAAAUAUUCUGUUGUAAAUUAUCAUAUAUACUGUACUGUAUUUACUGAUUAAUGCCUUGGCUACAUUUUCAUCUACAAUUGGCAGCCUCGAAAAAUACUUGUGGUUGUACAAAAUUUUAACAAUCAAAUUUCUGUAGAGUGAAAACAUUAUGCUUUAAAACUUUAAUCUUUGAUGAAGGCAGUAGCCUAAAGAUGAAUAUGUAAUAAUUGCAUCAUUCAGAAAUGCAAUAUGUAGUAUCAAUGACAGAUUUUAUUGUAAUGUGUUUUGUUGUUGGCAAGGUAUCCAAAGAUAGAGAAGUAUGAGAAAAGUUUAAGAGAAAAGAGGUACAAAAUGGAAUAAGGUAUGUGAAUGCAGUUAAUUUGGCUAACCCUCCCCCACAUUUCUUUGCGUUAUUUAUGUCACUAUAAAUCAUACAGACAUUUACAUAAUUUCAAAGAGGUUUUUUUUUAUGUGCUGCAAUAUUACCUUGCUGCUAACCUGAACUAUGCACUCAAGAGAAUUGAUAUAACAUUAGGCAUAACGGGAGUACAUAUCAUGCUAUUGCCAUCUUGAUAUACAUGUAUUCUAUAGAAAACAACAGAACACGACUUUGAUGCUAAGAGUUAAAUUUAUGCUUGUGAGUAGUCUCCAGGCAAACUAACAAUAUUUGACAGUACACCGUUAUGGGGAAGGGGCAGGAGAAAACCAAUACCCUAGCAUUUCAUCAGCCAUCAGAUUGGGAAGAUCAGAAUUAUUUAUCUUGUGUGUUCUAUAUUCCAUCUCAAAAUGUUUUCAGGUUAUUAAUACUUAAAUGUGGUAAAUUUCUUUCAUUUUGUAUAAUUUGUUUGUUUUGCAAACUUUAAACGAUUCCUUAAAAAGUAUGGUUAAAAAGUAUGCAGUUUAGCAAUGCACAAAAAUUUAAAAUUUAUGUAAAAAGUAUUUUAUUUAGGAUAUUAUCUCUCUGUCCUGUUUAUUAUUGUAUGUUAAAGCCAGUUUUAUGUUUUAUUUUAUUUUAAAAAGCGAGUGGUUGUUAUAGUCUACCCCUAAAAACAAGUUAAAAUUCUGCAUGUUUCCAAAGAACAUCAGUUUACAUGAUAUCAAAGGCAAACUAUCAGAACAGUAUGAAACAAAGAUUUGCUGUUGUAUGUGGCUGUCGACUCUUGCCCAGAGAGCAGUGGUUGUUACAAUUUUUUAAGCAGAUCAUAUUUUUUUAUGUAUAGCUCUAUUGUUUUUAAAGUGUAUUAUACUUAGAAUUAAAUAUAAUGAAGUUCUGUAUACAAAUUUUUGGAGUGGUUUAAUGCUUUAAUAUUUUUGGGCAUGCAAAAUGAUGUGUUUUUCAGCUAGUAGUAGUGUCUUCUACAGUCAAUAUUUAGUUUUAGAUGUGAUCUUACUGUUAGUUUCUUAUAGUAUUUAGAGAUCCUUUUAUUUUGUUGUAAUUUUUUUUUCUAGAUUGUUUUAUUUUCUUCUGCUCUGUAGUUGCAGUUGUUAAAUUUUGUCCUCUACCAACCGCUCAAAAUUACUACAAAAUAUGGUGCAAUCUUGAUUUAUUGAAAAAAAGAACUCUAUUUCAUACCAUUCAUCUUUAUCUAAUAAUUUUAAAGAAUCAACUAAUUACACAGUAUUCAAGAAUCUCAACCAAGCAAUUUUUGUUAACGGAUAGUGUCUCCUUAAAUAUUUUGUGGAAUAAUAAAUAUUUGUAAAUCAAAUAUAUGGUAUUAUUUGAAAUUUAAAUCUUCAGAAAUAGCAUUUAUCCAUUGAUAUAUAUUUUUUCAAAACUUUCUUAACUAAACUUACACCAGCAUUUUGUUAAAAAUCUAGAAUCCUGUAGGAAUUAUUUUUGGCAAUGAUGCACACUAUACACACUGUAAAAUUAGAAAGUAGCUGCUUUUACAAAAAAAAAUACUAAUUUCUGAAUAAUGGUGUUUUUUAUUAUAAUUAAUGUUUCUUGAUUAUCAUGCAAAAAAUUUUUUUUUCAAUAUCAACUGAAUUCUGAAAAAAACUUGGUAGUGGAGAGGAUGAUGAAAGCCAGAGAGUAUGGGUAUAAAUUAUUAAAAAGAAAUUUAUGUGUGAUGAAAAUUAUAAAAAGUUCUGUAAAAUUAUAAAUAUUUUUUUUCUUCAUUAUUGUUAUUUGAGUGUCUGCAAUGGUCAUGACAGUUAAUAGGUACUUAAUGGAUAUUACAUAAAAUAAUACAUAAUUAACACAGAGAAAGUCACAAAAAAGACAACACAAACACAAAAUAUGAUAAAAACAAACACAUGACAAAGACCAAUAAUUUCAGUAAAUAAAGGAAGCAGAAAGAUUAACAUUAUCAAUUGUAAAUUAAUUCUAGGAAGUAAUAAAGUAACCGCAAUAAAGUAUUUAUAUUAAAUAGUAAUUUAACUGCAUAAAAAUAAGGAGCUCAAAUGUUUUUUGUUGUGAUUAUUUACUUUGGAAAUGGAUCAAAACCUUUAAAACAGGAGAUAAUAAGUAGGAAAUAAUUGUAAUAAAUUUUCAUUGAUAUUCAUUAGAUUUUAAUUUGUUAAACCACAUAAUUGUGUGAGAAUUCAUAUAUUUUAAUGAUUUUAUAGUAUUUUAAUAUUUGCUGAACUAACAGUACCAACAUUUCACUUUCGUUAUGCUUGCCUAGACUGUGCAAACACUAGGCCUGUGGGAAUAUUCAAAUUUUCGAAUAUCAAAAAAAUAGUUUAUUAUUUAUUUGAUUUAGAAUACUAGCACUUUGAAAAAAUUAAUAUUCAGUUGUUUACGAAUAUGGCUGUGCGGGAUCUCGAAAGUCUGGAAAAAUUUCAGGAUCACAGAUUUUCUCUUUGGGUGGGGACAAAAUUUCCACAGGAUAUUCGUAAUGUUUUUGGUUUAUUUAUGUGUAGUUUUUUUGCUGCAUCUGGCCAUGUAUAAUUUGAGGAGACUAAUAUAUAAUAUAGUAAACAGUAAUUCAAAACCAUUACUAACACCCAUGUUAUCAGCUAAAGUAUUUUACAGAGAAAAGAGUCCGGCAGGUUGUUAAAAAAUAGAUUAGAACUGACAGCAUACUGCCAAGGAUAAAUACGUGUCCAUAAAAAUCAAAACACUGCAAGAUGUUAAAGUUGACAGUUUUCAGAUCAGAGGGUGGAAUCACUGCAUGCCAGCUCUGUGAUUAGUUUCUUUUAUAGAUCUCAUGGAAAACGGUCACAUACUCACAGAAAAGACUCCUAAAGCCUAACAACCUACGAUGACAACGACAACGUUUCUGUCUGGUGGAUAAUACAGAGUUAAAGGGAUACAGGCCCACACUCACACUCAGCACAGUGACAGCUUAGGCAAUUAUCUUGUCACUUUUGGCCCAAAAGAAAGGUCACACCAAGAGGGGGGGAAAAAACUUUGCCUCUUUUACCAAGCAAAUAUACACUGGACAGAAAAAGAGAGUAACAUUCGUAGCAACUACUGUGUUCUUACACUUUAGUAAAAACAAGCCCAAUAAUGUAAUCCAUAAAUGUUAAUAUAAAUAAUCAUUUACUUUCCCAUAGUGAAUAAUUCCAACAAACAAUUUUUUUAGAAGUACAUCAUAUUCAACUGUAGAUUAAAACUGCUCACUGUACAUUCUUUUUAAACCCACCCUCUUGAAGUUUCUUCACACAUACUGCAAUUGCCUUACAUAUUCGCUUUGCACUGUUUAUUAAAAAGUUUUUUUUUUUCGGGUCCUAUUUCGAUUACCAUGAAAAAUAAUUAUUUUAUUAUAUUUUCUUUUUAAAAUUUGAAUAUUUCAACAUAUUUACUUAUUGUAAUUUUAGCUAACUUAACCUAACAAACUUUUCACUUUAGUACUAUUUAAUUUUCCUGAAGCCAUUUCACUAAACAUUUUAUUUUUCUUUCAAUAUGUAUUUGUUAUAUGUGAAAAAAAUUUAAGUGGGAUUCUAAUUCUUACUAUUUAAAUUUUAUAUUCUUAUUCGAGAAUAAUUUUAUAUUUGUGUUUUAGUCGAUUCAAAAUUAAAAAAAAACUGAUAUUCGCACAGGUGUAGCAAAAACAUAACCUUUUCCACAAAGUAAAAUCAUUAUUGCACAAAAACACACAAAUACUUUCAUUUUUCAGAAUCACUAUCAUUACUUUGUGUAGCACGCACAUAACAAGGAUGUCUUAGAUUUAAAAAAAAUACUGUGAACUUCAACUUCAGUGAAACAUUAUUAAUAUGCACUAUAACACAAAUUCACACAAAAUUAUUGUUAAGUGCACCUUAUCAUAUGUAUUUACAAACAAAAAAAGUUUUUGGCCACACCUUCAAAGUAAUUCAACCAGAAAUGUGAAUUCCUACAACCUAAAACAUCUUUGGUUAGUGGUACUUAAAAUGUCUAAUUGUUAAUCAAGCCUUCAAUUAAUUGAAAAAAAAAUUUUUUUUCUCUAUUUUACGAAAGAAAAAACACAAUAAUAGUUUAAAAUACAUAAAAAUUAAUAUAAACAACUAUUUUAUGUAAUUCGGGAUUAUUUUAAAUUAUUAUUAACCAGUUGCCCUUGCUGGUUAAUUAUUUUCUCCCAUCCUCCAAUAUGCUGAUACCAAAGAAAAUCUCAGUAAACGCAUUCAUGGUGCAAAUAGUAUGUUUAUGUAAACUAACCUACCUAUUAACUUUCAUUUACUGGUAAAAAAAAAUAACUUUUUGGGUGUUUUUGAACUCCCGUUUCCGAAAACAACAUAAAAUUAAUUCUAAAUACCAUUAUGGUUUGUUUUCAUACUCACCCAAAAUUUCUAAUAAGCUGCUUCUAUCAAAUUUUAUCACGCACAUAUUAAAAAAAAAUUAACAUUUAGACUUAAAACUUUCUUAUGAGUUUGAGUUUUUUUCCAAUAUUAGUUACUAUCUGUAUUAAGCAUUUUUAUAAUGAAAAUGUAAUGUAAAGAGCUUAUUGACAUUGAGGUUGCUAGAGACGAUGAAAGAUAGUAAGCAGCUAAUGGAGUAUAGAAGUAAUGAAGAAGUGGGGGAAUCUCGUGCUCUAAAAAAACCACCUGCAUGCAGCAUCGACUGCCAUGUUUUUCUCUUAUGAUGCAUUUUUUAAAGUUUACAUUUACAUUUAAUACAAAAAGUCCCAUCUUUUGGGAAUUGCUCUCCAAAUAUGUAAUACAAUUCCAUUCUUGGGUUUUUUUAUAUGUUUUCUGUAAUGAUGUGAUUGGAAACUGUAAAUAUAUGUUUCAAUUCUUUGUUUGAACCAUAAAUACGUAUUCAGGCUUUUUUUUAAAUUGUUUUUAUCCCCCUCGACUUUCUGACGUGCUCAUCACAUGACCACCCGGUGAUGAUGGGUCUGCGAAGGUUUUAUUGCCUCUUGUCAUUUUUUAGUAGCAAUAAGAUGGAAAUUAAUUAACUAACAAGAUCUUAAUAAUAUUUUAUGAUUUUGGUUCCCUGUGUUAAAUUUUCUGGUUGGAUCAAAGAAUAAUAUAACUUAAUAAGCGAAAAUGUUUUGAUGAAAUGGUGGUUAGUGUAUUAAAGGAAAGAUGUUAUAAAACAGGACUGUUAUAACUGAUAAAGUUAAAAAUUUUUAGUUAAAUCUUUAGGUGGAUAGAGUCUUGAGUAUUCUAGUCCUGUAAGUUUUUAAGUGACAUAAGUAAAAUGUUAUGACUGCUUAGCUACUUCCAGAGCUAGGUUUAAAAAAACUUAAAAAUAUUUUGCAAAAUUUUUUACUCUUUUCCUCUUUUUCAAUUUUUAAUACACUGAAGGGGUAUUAUUAAAAUAACUAAAUAAAUAAUACGAAAAGAAAAAAAAGGGAAGUUUCAAAGUUCUUUCAUUAAUAAUAGUUAUAGUUUUAGUAUAGUAUAGGGAUUAUCCAUUGACAUUGUCUUUAUUUUAUUAUCAGUCAUGCUAAUAUAAAACAAUAUUUAAGCUAAUUGUAACUCUAAUCCUCUGGAAUUUUGACUAUUAAAAUUUAAGUUUAUUGGACAUUAAAAGUAAAUACCUUUGUUUUUAUAUUUAUUUAUUUUUUCUCACAUUUAUGCUACUGCAAUGGCAUAUUAAAAUCAAAUACUAUAGCUUAAGUUAAAAUAGUUAAUGGGUAAUGUGGUAACCUAUAAAUAUUAUAUAUUUUGCAUACACAAAAUUUUAAAACUAAAUAAAAAAUAUUUUUCAUUGCUGAUAACAUUGCCACACAUUUUCUUCCUCCCUAACUUCAGAUGCUAAAGUGCUCUCUCAAGAGUUGCCAGUUCUAUACACAAGCUCCACACUUGCAUACUGUAGCUGGCCAGCUAGCUUUCAGUGUUUCUAGGCAACAUUUAGUACUUUUUGAAGCUGUGUAGAUGUUAUUGAAGGGACUUGCUUAGCAGGUUUGAGACGUAUUUCUUUAAGUAAUGUUGUGAGGUGAUAGGAAGCAGUUUUGUCACAUUUGGUACUUUAUAAUUGUAAACUAUCUUGUCCAUAAUCAUGGAAAUGCACAACAUUGCACGAGUACUGUUAAAAAUGAUAAAUAACAGUUUAACUAAUCUAAAAGUCAUAACACCAGAAUGCUGUUAGAGCAGUGUGGUCAGAUUUCAAAAGAGUGGGCUGAUGUCAGUUUGCAUACUUGGUUCACGAGACAGUGCUUAUGUGUGUGCGAUCUUCAUUGUUUGCAAACCUGCAAAUAGGUAAUAUACAACUGUACACACAUAACUAACUCUAAAAUAGUAAUAGCUCGUGCCAUUGAACUGCACCAAAAUGUCCAAAAUACAUCUUGGAGAUAUUUGUAAUAAAGCAGUUGCAACUUGAUAUUUUAUGAAAUUUGAUAACUAUUUAGCAUAUUCUUAACAAAUGGUGCAUUUCAGUAAAAAAAAAAUAUACGUCUAUCAAAUAAAUUAAAUUUCUUACAAAAAGAAAAACAAAAAUAGCAUACACAUGGUGUGACUUAAUUGGUGAUUGUCUUAAAUAGGUUUUUUUAGUUAAAUAAAUAAUGUGAGAAUAGAGUGUAUUCACUAACAAAUAAAAUAUAUUUUACAUCGGUUAGUAUUUUAUGACAAGAUUAUAUGGUGGAUUGCAAUAAAACAAAAAUAACACUGCAAAGCUUGUCAGUGCACCAUCUAACACUGAAAUGCAAGUUAUUACUCUAUUUAGCACCGAAAUGUACCUAAAAAUAUGAAAACAAUCAGCAGUUUGACAAAACUUUGAAACAAUAAGCAAUUUGAUAAAACUUAACUCAAAUGACAAAGAUUUUAUAUUUUAUCAUGGUAAAUUCAUUGGAUGUAGUUUAUUUAGCAUGAAUUUUGUACCAGUAACAGUUUGGGAAAAAAUAAUGUUAAGUUGUUUGAUCUUGCAUCUCUUUUAUUAAUAACAUGUUUUUACAUAAAUGAUGCUGGAACAUUUUUUAAACACCCAAAAAUUUAUCGAUUGUAUAUUUUUCUGAGUAGUUCUGUUGUAGACAUGCUUAUUGUUAUUGCUAAUGAUUUUGCUGUAUAAGUGCUUCAUAUAUUGUCAGUCAGAAUCAAGACUAUUUGGGUGAAAUAAGUACUAAGUAAUAUUUUAGUUUCAUAUUUGUUGAAUAAUAUGUUAUUUUAUGAAUAAAGACAAUGUUAAAAAUUAAAAAAAAUGCCACAUAAAUCUCCAGUUUCAAAAAUGAAAUAGAUCAUAAAAUAUAACCAUAAAAAAUUUUUCGUACUGAUUAGUAUAUUAUAACUAUGCACUCCAUUUUGAACAAAAAAUAGUGAAACUUGAGCAGUUCAUUUUAUAUUUACUGUAGUGUUUUAUUUAACAUUUAGAUCAAGUGGUGCUUGUAAAUAACUUUAAUGCAAAAUUGACACAGAUUUUAUCUGGUAUAAAGAAAUUUGUCUGUGUGAUAUUUUUCAGGGUUUUAAAUGAAACUAAAAAAGCAAAAAUUUCUCUAUUCCAUGUAAUUUUAUUUGGAAAUAGGUAGAGAGGGUGAAAAAUAGCAUUUAUUCUGGUCAUUUAUAGCAUCUAAAUAUUUACUUGUAGCAUUUUAUAGCAUUUAUUACCAAUAUUAUAGAAUUUUAUAAGCGCUAACUAUUCUAUGAAAAAAAGAAAACUGGACCUACAACUAAAACAUUUAUCAUUUAACUUAAUAAAAAAUCAACCUAAUUGGCACACAAACACAACAUAGAAGUGUUUUUAUCCAUUUGUUAUAAAAAGGAACAUAAUUGGGACACAGCAACAUAACCCAUUAUAAGUUUUUCCUUCAGUCAAUUAUGAUAAUAAACUGUAUGUACAUUGCAGCACAAUCCAAAAAAAAAAUUUUCUUUGCACUAAAUUAAAGAGUGGCCAAUGGAAUUGAAAGAAAGCAUACAACAGGUCUCUACAGUCUGUUCACUCAUCCUGUUUCUCCUAUCCGUUACAAUCAAGUUAUAUUUGCUGAAGAACCUUUCAGCUUCGACGCUGCUUCUGGUGCCCAUAAGCUGCGAAGUGCUGCUUCCGAGAAUUCAGGAUACUUGAUCUUCACAGCAAGUAGUAACUGAACUACGUUGACUUCACAUCCUUCUCUCAGAUUAGAUGACAGCUGCUUGUGAAAGUAGCAGUAGCCCUCAGAAAAAGUGUCUGGAUUCAUGCCAGACAUAAAUGUGAGUGUUUUUUUAUGUUGUUCAGCAUUUUGCAUGUCAACUUGUAGUCUUUGACCGGCUGUAGCAGGAUUGAAAAGAGCACCUACCCCUUGAUAAAACCGAUUGGCUUCUGUGCCACCCAUGUGUUUUGCCAAUGUCUGAAGGCAUCUUUGCAUGCAUGACUUGAUCUGUACCUUAACUUCUUCCUUCUUAGUCAAGGGUAUGCUGAACCUUCCAAGUUAGUGAUAAGAGCUUUCAUUGUACCACAUGUUUCACUCACACAUUUUAAUUUAUUGUACUUUGAGCUUCUGGCUCAAGUACUGAUCCUCAAACAUUUCAACAAUAUAGGCACUGCUACUGUUGCCAAACUCACAUUCUGAAAAGAAGCUCACAAGUUGCUGUAUAUACUGAGCCAAGUAUUCUACCGAAGUAAACCAUGAAUUGCACCUUGUUGGGACAGGUGUUGGAAACAAGAUUGCAGGUAAUUCAGGAUGGUGAUGAUCUAAAUAUGCAAUAUAUGCAUGCUUUAUUUUUCUUGAAUGAAGAAAAGCCAUUUUCAUUUUUACAACCAGUGUAUUAAGUUCCUGAAACUCUUUGAGGUAACAGUCACAGUGCCCAGCACUGAAAGUGAAUAAGAUUUUCACCAAGAAUCGUCCUUAAAGCACCAAAACAAGUUUCCAUGUAUCUGGCUGAAUCAGAUACAAGACCCACUACAUUGUCAUAAGAAAUGUUGUACUUAUUUAGUGUCUCCAGUAUAGCCUGACUGCAUGUUGUGCCGUUUGCUUUAUUUAAAAAUGAACAACUGGCCAAAUACACUUCUUGCACUGCUGUUGCAGACACUGUGCGAAAAAACACUGCAAAUACACAUCUACCUAAACUGUCUGUAGUUUCAUCCGCCACAACAGCAACUUGUUUGUUUUGCAAUGCUUGCUUUAUUUCUUCUUGUAUUGCUUCACCAACCACAGGGACAUAAUUUUUUCUCAGUGUAGAUGCUUGGGGUAUGUCCCCAGAACCAGGAAUGUACUUGUUGAUGUAUUCCCUUACAGCUGGAUCAUUGAUUUUUCUAAGAGGGAUAUUAGCCUUGAGAAACAUUUUCACAGUCUCUCCAAUAAAUUCCUCUUUCUCAUUUUUUGCUUUUUUUUUUGUUAUGCAGUGUGGUUGGUAAUGUUGCCUGUUGUUUCCUGUCAUCUUGCUCAGAAAAUUGCUUGAGUCUGUCAACGUGACCCGAUGUUUUAAUAUGUUUUUCUGACGUAUCCUUUUUCUCCCAGUUGAUGUGAAGGUUGCACAGCUUGCACAGCUUGCACAUCAAAAUAUUUGUAUCGCUAACAAAAAUGAUGGCCCUUAUAUUCCGAUGCGCGCGAAUGUACGGAAACGGACUUGGCCCGCCCCAUAUCAUAAACACGUAAAAACAAUUACUAUAUGGUGAAAUGUGAGCACUUUAUCAAAAAUCAGCACAAACUACACUUUGUUGACAAACAGCGUAAAAACCAAAGGUAAAAACAAAGCAAAGUUUAUUGCACCGUAUGUGUACUGUAGCAAAUGGCGCUACGUAAAUACAUAGAGAAUCGUCAAUUGAUAUAUCUAACCACGUAGUACCGUUGCCUACGAGAUUCAACGACACUACUUGUAUGCAGUAACUUCAAUAAUUUCAUAGAGAGAAUAUACCGCGGCCAUAUUUUAUUUCUCUCGUAUUGUUUGUAAAGUUGUUGACAAUGCCGAAAAAAGUGUUAGCAGCAAUUCUUGGCAAAAUGGUGGCGUGGUUUGUUUCUAGAGUAAAUAUUAGGGUUUGAUUACAUGUACGUGAAAAUUUAACAUUUAAAAUGUCAAAUUUUCAAUGAAAAAUUAUUGUAAAAUGUAUUUUUAAUUUUAGUUUUGCCCUGCAAAGUGUUUAUGAGACGUUUUUAGUGUCAAUUCGCAGGAAUAUGGGAUUUUCGCAUUUAAUCGCAAGUAAUUAACAAGUCGCAUUAAUUCGCGGCUAUAUCAUUUUUACGAUUUUUCACCCUCUCUAGGAAUGGGUUAGGAGGGUGUAUCCCUGUAUCUAUUCCUCUAACUUUGACGUGUACCUAUCUAUGUAGUUUUGUAUUAAGCUAUUGAAAUCUUUUUCACACAGCUAUAAGAGUUUAAUAAUUUAUAACAUUUCAUAGUAAAUAUAUACAUAAUUUUUGUGAAUUUACUUUUGGUGCACUUGUUAACAUGACCAAACAGGUUAUGACUAGGGAUGGUGAUUUUUAGUUUUUGCUAAAUAGAUGCUAAAAUAUGCUAAAUUAUAUUUUUUCCGCUAUAAAAAGCUAAAUCUAGACUAUUCCGAGAUAAAUGUGAAAUCAAGGUAAAAAACGUAGAUUCGUCUUCACUCUACACAAUUAAUUUACCGAUUGUAUUUUGUUUCAGUUCAGUAUCAAAAGAAACCAUCAUUUUAUGGCGUAUUCAGCACAAGUAUCUUAUUAUCAUGUCAUUCACAACUACUAUUGUUCGUAAAUAUUGAAUGUAGAAUGGCCAUCCGUGUCUCGCGAUUGUAAACAAAGCAAAGAACAACUAGCUGGAAGAUUGUCCGUCAUCUUGCAGAGUACAAGUUUUUAGGCCACCAUAUUGCGACAUCUCUGCUUCGUUGUGCUAACAAUUGUAAGUCCCAUUUUCUGGCUGUGUUUCACGUGAAAGCCGCGUUCUUGUGUAGUAUGUGGAAUGUUGCGUGUUUACAAAUACGUGCAUACUCGUGAAUGUGUUGUAUACUGUUAUUUCUCGUGGUAAAAAUGGGACGAAACGUCAUUUCCAUUCGCAAUCGCAUGAAUCGCAUAAAUCGCAUAAAUCACAUAAAUGAAUAGGAAAGUGAUACAAAUAUUUUAAUGCACAAUUUAAUUAUAUGUAAUCGCCACCUGAAAUAGAAAAAAAAAAAAAUUUACUUGAAAAGCACAUUAAAUCUGAGGGACAUGAGACUGAAAAAAAAAAAAAGAUUCACCGAGAAGUCGGUUGAAGAAAAAAAGUUGGUAUAACGGCAAGCAACGGUUUCUUUUUUAAAAAUAUACCUUUCUUCAGUAAUGUAAAAUGAGAGAAUUGGCUUAUUUGUGUUUUUUAAAUGCUACAAAAUGCUAAAUUUCAAAUUCAAAAUGCUAAAUGUCAUUAUUUUAAAUGCUAUAAAUCACCAUCUCUAGUUAUGACAUAGUUAUAUACACAUAAAAUCGUUAACAAUUUUACUUACCUGUUUUUGUUUUAAGUUCUAGUCUUACCAAUAGAACUUUUUAUCCAUUUUGGGUUUUUUUCUUCUGUGGUUUCGAAUGAGUGUUUAAUGUUUGCAUCUUUUUGAAAAAACUAUAAUAAUUUUUCAGAAGCUUAGGCAUAAAAAAAAAUUUCUUUGCUUAUAUAUUAUAUAUUCCUCUCUGUUAUACAAUUAUAUUAGUUCUGUGUAAACAGUAAAUAUAUUUGGAAUAAGCACGACUCUUAUCAAUGUUUGUAAAUUUUUAGUGUUAGUUUGAUAUUAAUGUUGCUCAUACUUGAUGUAAAUAGUGACGACAGACACAUUUUACUUUAUAAUUUUGACCACAAAAAGUAUUAAGCUUUCAAUUACACAGUUAUAUUACUCUUUUUUGGUGAAUUGGCAAUUUAACUUCCUUUGUCGAGCAAAACUAUUAAAACAGAUUUUUUCAUUUAUCUAUCAUUUUUAUUCAUCAACACUAAAAAAGGCUAAACAUGUAAUUGGUACAAAAGUAUCAGGCAAUUAGCAGAAUAUAUUUUCCCUCUAUAAAGUAGCUGUGAAAUUUUUUUGUACACUAUAUUUUACUCUCUGAGCUUAUAAGAAAAAAUUAGGGUUUAUAAAUUUUGAAGAAAUGAUUGUGUCUCUUAAAUAGCUAAACAAAAAAAAAAAUCACAAAGAAUUAUGGAUCACCAUAGAAUAAAUCUACUUACUAAAAUAUUUUCAAAUUAUUUUUGUUUACAAAUAUUUUAAUUUAGUGUAUAACAAUAGAGUGAUAGUGUUUCCAAGGCCCAAGUGAUAAAUUAUUAUUUAUGCUUUAAUAUAAUCUAUAACAUAUAUUUAUAGUGAAUUCAAUAAUUAGUUUAAAGGGGCCUGUAAGUGAAGACUUUAGAGAGAAGUGAUUUUGUUUCAAGGGAAAACUAGCCUCAGCUCAGGCUAUGUAUUUGGUUUUGUAAGAUUUGGUGCAUUUUGUUUUUUUUUUGAAAUGUUGAAAUUUGUACUGGUUUAUUGUGCUCUUUUAAACAUGAUCUUUUUUUGUGCAUUUUCAUUGUAUUAGAAACACGACCCCAUGUGUUUGACUAGCUAGGUAAUUAGAGUUUUGUAAGGUCAUGGCACGCGGACCACUCAGUCACACCAUUAGUGGCAAACCAUCAUUAUGAUGACACUAUAUUGGAGCAGUCGUUUCACUGAAAAUUGGAAUGGUAGGUCUCUACUAAGGGUGGUAGCCAUAAGUAACCAAAACUUUGAUGUGUAUAGAAAAAGGAAUUUGAGCACUCUUAGUUAUAGCAGCAAUAACAAUUAAAAUACCAUCAAGUUAUCAUGGUGGUGAGGGCUGUGUUCACAGAAAAAUGGCUGCUUUUGACACUAGACUAUUUUUAUUUAAAUUUGAAAAACAGUGUUAGCAUCAGUUCCUGCUUGAAUUCACACUGGCAAUGCAGAUAUUAAGAUGUGGCCGAGUGGUGGUGUCUAGGCGUGAUAGUUCGGGGCUUGAUCGAUUAGCCGUGUGCCAUGGCCGCAAGCAGGAAUUGUGUGUGGUGUGUGCAUGGGUUUGUGUGUUUUCUCAAACAUAUCUCAUUUGUUAACAUUCGAGGUAAAUAUGGCAGGAGUCUUUGAUUUUCUGGUGCAAGACUUCAUUGCAAGCAAAUCAGUAUUAAAUUGCUUGCAGGAUAUGUGUCCAGUGCUUCCAGUGUUAUUUUUAGUUUAGUUCUUGUGUUAAGUUAACCAUAGUUUUAUAUUUCUAUAGCACUAUGCAGUGUGCCAUGAUGUACUCACCUCCGGUGGCUGGAUGCCUAAACAAAUAUUGCUUGUGAUUAUGAACUUUUUAUUGCUGAUGCCUAUCACAUGUAUCAGUAACAGAUAUUUCUGAGUGUUAUUUUAGUUUCGUUUAUAGAGUUUAUAUUAUAUUCUCCCAUGGACUUGCAUCGCAAGAUAUGGUAGUUAGGUUUUGCAAGAAACGGAAAUAUUGGAUGAACUACAACGGAUCUGUGGCAACGCAGAGUGAUUUUUGUCACAGUUUGGAGUAAAAUGAAGACUGUUGAAAGACAUGUAUAAUGAUGUAUUAUAAUUACAUACGUCAGUGUAAUAGACAUUUCAAAAUAAAAUGUUCAUAUUUGUUCUUUA